AAAAACCUUUAAUAAUUUCAUAUUCCUUUAUGUUAAGACCGAUCAAAGACUUGCAACUUGAAAUUUUCAAACAAUCCUUAUUUGAAAGAGAAGACCCAUAUCAUUAUUAUUUUGAAAAAUUUAAUGCUACUUUUGGUUAUUCUUCAACACCGGCUCAUAUCGAUAUGAA